AAAACGAACAAAAAAAGAGGGAAAAUUACAAGAAAAGAAUAAGGGCUCUACAAAGUAAAACCCUAAACAUUUGUCUCUCUCACAAAAACACCUCAAUUUUCCCCCUUCACUCACUCUUCCAUCCCAACAAAAAAAGAGGCAGAUAAACAAAAUCUCUCACACUAUACAUUCUCUCCUACAUUUCUUACAAAAAUCCCACAUUUUUUUUCUUCUUCCUAACAAAAGGAAAAUUCAAUUUUCAGAAAAAUGGCAACAUUUGGAUUAACAAAUGCCAAUGAAUUAGUAUACUCCCCUCCAAUUUCCACCCCAUUUCACAGCAAAAAAAGUUUCAAUUUUUUCCCUAAAACAUUAAACUUUCCUAAAACAUCAAGAAGAAGAAGAAAUGGGAAGAAUUAUGCAGCUUUUUCUACAUAUUGCUCUUUUUCUCCAAUGGAAACUGCUAAAAUUAAGGUUGUGGGUGUUGGUGGGGGUGGUAAUAAUGCUGUUAACCGUAUGAUUGGUAGUGGUUUGCAGGGUGUUGAUUUUUAUACCAUAAACACAGAUGCACAGGCAUUGUUGCAAUCAGCUGCAGAGCACCCAAUUCAAAUUGGAGAGCUUUUGACACGAGGAUUAGGCACUGGUGGGAAUCCAUCACUUGGGGAGCAGGCAGCUCAUGAAUCCAAAGAAGCUAUUGCAACUGCACUAGCAGGGUCAGACCUUGUGUUUAUAACAGCAGGGAUGGGUGGGGGAACUGGAUCAGGUGCUGCUCCAGUCAUCGCGCAAAUAUCCAAGGAUGCAGGUUACCUCACUGUGGGUGUCGUCACUUAUCCCUUCAGCUUUGAGGGCCGCAAAAGAUCAUUGCAGGCACUGGAAGCUAUAGAAAAGCUGCAGAAUAAUGUCGAUACUCUCAUUGUGAUACCAAAUGACCGUCUCCUGGAUAUUGCUGAUGAACAAACACCACUUCAGGAUGCUUUUCAGCUGGCUGAUGAUGUUCUCCGCCAGGGUGUUCAAGGAAUUUCAGACAUAAUUACGAUUCCAGGACUUGUAAAUGUGGACUUUGCUGAUGUCAAGGCAAUCAUGAAGGAUUCUGGAACUGCAAUGCUUGGAGUGGGUGUUUCCUCUAGUAAAAACCGUGCAGAAGAAGCAGCUGAGCAAGCAACUUUGGCACCUCUUAUUGGAUCGUCCAUACAAUCUGCUACUGGUGUUGUAUACAAUAUCACCGGUGGGAAAGAUAUAACAUUACAAGAAGUUAAUAGAGUAUCACAGGUGGUUACGAGUUUGGCAGAUCCGUCAGCCAACAUAAUAUUUGGUGCUGUUGUGGAUGAUCGCUACAAUGGAGAGCUGCAUGUGACCAUCAUUGCCACAGGAUUUUCCCAGUCAUUUCAAAAAGUACUACUAACAGAUCCUAAAGCUGCAAGGCUUCUUGAUAAAGUAACCCAGGAAAAUAAAGGUUCUACUGUUCUUCCCAAGUCAUCCUCCGUCUCUCCGAACUCUGUACCACCACGGCAACCUCCAAGAAAGCUGUUCUUUUAGAAUCUCUGUAACACAACCUCUUUUUUACCGUCGUUUGCUCUCUUUUUUAUUGAUCUGUAAUCAUCCAAAAUAUCAAUGUUAUAUCUUCUUUUUGUUUCCA